AGCAGGAUGUUACGAGCUUUUGUCUUCUUGGCUGUCAUGUGCAGCUCCUUCGCCCAUGACAGCUUCGCCGAGAAAUAUGCUUACACGAAGGCGAUGACUAAUUGUUUUGGUGAAGAAAGGUAUAAUAAUUGGACAAAAGAAGUGUUCAAAGCGGCGAAACAAUGUUAUAACGAAGAAAUUAACUUGCCUGAGGAGGACGAAUCUGGAGAGAGUUCCAGCGAAGAGAGUGAAGAACCAUUCAGUGGCAGUCCCGUGUUCUUGCAGGUGUUCUUCACACCCCAAGAACAAGACGAGAACCAGAAAUUCCCCUUCAGCUUCCCUUUCAGAACUACUAGCCAAAGAACAAAGCGUGAGGCGAUGUAUGACGGUCCUCUCUUGAAGAAAAUGGUUGAGAAAGUGAAGGCCAAAGUGAGCAAUUUCACCUGUGUCUUGAAGAAAAUGAAAGUGGUGGAUGACAUCUUUGACCUUGAUUAUGAAGAGAUGAUAAAGGUCAGGAAGGAGACCCUUGUUGAUGACACUUUAAGAAACGAUCUUGUGAAGACUAUUAAUCACUGCAAGAAAUUCACGAAAUACUUGCCCCUCGAGGACUCGGGUUCCCUCCUGCCCAAGAAGCUGCAGGAGAUUUUGGUCUUUACGAAAUAUGCGAGUAAAAAAUACUGCGGCUGAAGGCUUGUAUGAAGCGCGACCUUUCUCAGAGACAUCUCGUCGCGAGUUCGAUCUCUCUGACUUCAGCGGAGUGGGAGAGGCGAGUGAGGGCGAGAAGGCUGAGAAGCUUUUACAUCUCCUGUGGGGCUUCGAAAACAAGGGCGAUUUUCAGCUGUAUUGAGGAAGGGGGUUGGAGGAGAGGGAA